AUCAGUCGUUCAGUUACCGUGUGCGUUAGUAGAGUCUCAACGAAGGGAGCGAUUUCACAACACUUGUACACACACACGCGCGCACGACACAAACGAAGCGUUGAACUGAUCGUGAGAAGAGAAACGCGGAGAACAGAGCGGAAGCAGAGCGAGAGGGUGGUGCAGCAGGCGCGACGACGAUCUCCGCGCGUCUUCGAGAUCGCGGUCGCAUGGCAUUCGGCUCAUCAGGACGGCGGUGGCCUCGUACGUGCGUCGUCACGGCGGUAUGAGAUAGCACGACGAGCGCGAGCUGGUCGACGAAGUGGCGGCGAGGACGACGACGACGACGUCCUGAUUCCAAGCGUCCGCGCUCAGUCCUCAGUGUAGGCUAGCCGGUCGCUCGGCGGUCGUUGUCUCUACAUCGACAUCGCGACAUAACGCAACAUAACAGAGAGAUUCUCCUCCGGACGAGUGCGCGACACGCGGCCGAAUGUCCACGUUGACGACAGGACCGAUGUAUCGGAAACUCCUUCUCUCCGCUUGCGCGUAAUCUAGGCAGCGACACAUGUCUUCGAGCACGUCGUCGUGAUAACAUCGUCUUCCACGAGGUGUGCGCACUGUACUAGUCCCGACAAGCAGGAUCCGCUGUCGUUGUAACGCUGAAGACAACGAGGUUAUCUACAGCUAAGAGCGAACUCUCCGUCUCUCUUUCUUUCUCAGACUGACGGGCCAUCUCCGUCGACGAAAGGCGAUCGUCACCAGAUUCCUCGCCAUUAACAGCGGCGGUCGCGUGUUAGCCGUUGUGAAUCGCGUGUGAUAGACGCGAUUUUGACAGGAGGCUCGGUGCAGCACGCGACAACAAACAUGGCGGCCGCGGUAGCGGACGCGUGCAUCGACUGCAACUGUACGGACGUGCUCGACACCCUGCACGACGUUUACGAGGGGCUGGACACGACGUGGCCGUGGCACGAUCUCGAUCUCUUCGUUUAUCGGCCAUGGGUGUUCUCGUUGUUGGGCAGCACCAUGGUCGGCCUCACGGGUAUCUUCCCCUUGUGGCUCGUCCCCAUACAAGACGGCGUUGAUCUGAAAACCGGCGAAAACGGCGGCACUUUGAGGAUCCUGCUGAGCUUCGCCGUGGGUGCGUUGUUGGGUGAUGUUUUUCUUCACCUCUUACCGGAGGCCUUCGAGAGCGAAUUUCGGAGACAAGCCAAAAACAGCCAAGCGUCUACACCGGCUGGCUUGUGGAUAUUGUCCGCUCUUCUAUUCUUCAUUAUCUUCGAGAAGAUCAUCGCUGCCGUGAAUGAGGAAGCGCCGAUCAUUACGGAACAACAGACUGAUGAUGAAACCUCCAGUCAGAAUAUGAGCCCGGAGAAAGAGAUAGACAACAAUAACUGUAUCACGCUGAUGACCGCCGAGAAGAACGGUUUCGCAAAGGACUGCUUGCAAAAUACGACCGACGAGAUACAAAUUUUCCUGCGGAAGCAAUUGGACAAAAAUGGAUUUAUGCAGACACCAAACGGUAUCAAAGAUCCGCGUAAGAACGGUUUCAAUAAGGAUGUGGAUGUUAUGAAAUCAGCAUUGGCGAGCAAAUGUCCCAACGGGGAUGUCCCAAACGGACCACUGAUGGACGAGACGAAGAUCUGUUUGAACAAAUUGGCGAAAACCAAUGGUUUCACAUCGACGAUUUUACGUACCGACAAAAUUGCCGCUACUUACGCGAUCCCGAAGAACAGCAUCGUCGACCGUUUGAUCGUCAAGGCGAACAAGCUCAUAUCCGAUUUGUCACAUGCCAAAUUUUUUGAUCCUCAGUCCUUCCCGGGCUACCUCAACCUUUUGAUGAACUUUCUCGACAAUUUUACUCAUGGCUUGUCUGUGGGUGGUUCGUUCCUCAUUUCCUUCCAUGUAGGUGUCCUCAGUACGUUUACUAUUUUGGUGCACGAAAUACCUCAUGAAGUCGGAGACUUUGCCAUUCUACUACGAAGCGGAUUUAGUAGAUGGGACGCUGCGCGGGCGCAGUUGGUUACCGCUGGCGGUGGUAUCGUUGGUGCUUUAGCUGCCGUAUUCUUUUCUAGUGGUCUAGGGGAGAAAACCAAUUGGAUAUUGCCGUUAACCGCAGGAGGAUUCAUACAUAUCGGCCUGGUAACCAUCUUGCCCGAUCUAUUGAAAGAAACAAAUCCGGUGGAAUCUUUAAAACAACUUUGUGCUCUACUUUUUGGGAUCGUUGUAAUGGCUGCGUUGAUAUUCGUUACUAAUAUGUUUGAUCACAUGCAAAAUUAGUUCCGUCAACUAGGGAGAUCCUAUUAUGUUAAUAUACACAUGUAUUGAAUAUAAUUUCACCGGUCCCUCGUCUCUACUUCUUAGUAUGUGUCAGUACUCUGAAGUUGCCAUAAAGUUAUACAAUGCUUGUUGCUCAAUUGUGAUGAAAUUUGAAGGCUAUAUAGCAACGAGAAUCGACUGACCAAACUCAUGUACACGCGAUGUAUAAUAUAUAUAUAUAUAUAUAUAUAUAUUUAUAUAUAUACAUAUAAUACAUAUAUUAAUAAAUAUGUGUAUAUAUAUAUACACAAUUGAUUAAUGUUAAUUAAUAUGUAUUAUAUGCGUAUAUAUAAUUGGAUUUAGUCUAGGGUUUGUAGCGUUUUAUAUUGGAAAUAUUCUUCAGCACUGGAAUAUCUUAUUAUCUAAGUCUGAGAUUAUCAUCAUAGUUUCUUCUGCUUCUCUAUGAUAUUUGAUUGAGAUUAAUUUGCGUUCGCAAAGGUACAAUUUUCAUGAUGACUGUAUUUGAACAAUAUCGCAAGGACUGUUUUCCCAAGUCUGAAGCGAUGAUAACAGCGAAACAAGAUUCGUUACGAAAAUAAUAUAUGUAUAAUUUGUACAUUAAUUUAUCAUGGAACUACAGUUAUACACAUGUUAUCGCGUUAAUAUUGACAAGAUAAUUUGAGAAAUGCUGUUAUAAAUCUCGCAUAGUUUAUACAUUAAUAAGCACACAUCUUCCAUCAUAAUCGAGACAGUAUCAAUACCUUCCAGUAUCGAUACAGCUGGCUAUUCUCUUUUGGAUAACCAAAUGCUGCGAUACCAGUUAAAAAUUAAAUUUAAAACCAGUAUUGACGUAUAAAUAUCAUGUUGUGAAGAAACCUGAAAUAUGAUGUAUAUAAUGUUCAUGCUUGUUUACUAGAAAGACAUGUGAAAAAUCGCGAUGAGAGCUUGUAAAUCUAAGCGCGACACGUUAUUACAUGCGUGUAUUUAUGGAGCACGUACGAGAACAUUAAGUAUACUAAUAUAUACUAAGUAUAUUAAGUAUACUAAUGUAUACUAAAAUGUAUACAUUAAGUUCCUAACGAUAAUUGUAUAUAUAUAACAAUCAAAUUUAUUCCACCUUCUUUUUUUAAAAAUGAUCGCAUGAUAAAGAGAAAAAAUAUUCCAUGUGUUGUACAGAAUUGGAACAUUGAAAUCAUAAAUUUAAGUUUAUGAUUCGACAAAUUGAACACAUACAGAUAAUGUGAAAUUUGUGUACAAAUUUUGUAAAAUUUGAAUUUAUAUACUAUGCAUAGUGAUCUUUUUAAUGUAUUCAAUGAAAUGUGUAUAAGACCCCAUAGAAUUAGAUUACUUUUUGAAUAGACCGUAAAAUAUGUAAAGAGUAAACUGGAGUAAACAUAAAAUUACGUCCCUUUUAUUCGCGCCUUUACAGAAUCUUAUUGACGUCAUAUCAGUAAAAUAUUAAUUGUAUGUAUCAUCAUUUUGGUGCUAAUUUAAUAUAAUCUUAACGAAAUUGUAAGUAAAACACUAAAGCAAAAAAAAAAAAAGAUAUUUUGAAUACUUAUUGUGACCACUUAAUAAUAUUUACGUCUGUGUGAGUACUAUUAUGAAAAAUUUAUAUAUUGUCGGAUAUUUAAAAUACUUCGUUACAUAUAUUUAGAAACAUUCCAAAUUAAAUUUAGAUAAUAUAUUUAAAUGAUCCUAAACUCUUUGUUAUAAGUUGGUCUUUAUAAAAAUUGGUGGAACUAAUGAAAUUUUAUUAUUGUGGUUUUCUCUUGAUAGUUUCAUGCGAAAUGUUCAUAUCUUACAAGUUGCAUAAAUAAAAGCAACACUUGUACUUAACAAGUGGAAAAAACAAGAUAUUACUUUCUGAUUGCGUGUGAUACAGGGAAGUGCUUUUUUUUCUUGCAUCUGUAAAUAAAAACUGUAUUCGGAAAAUUAGAAA